AUAUUCAUAUUAGAUAUAUUACUAAUAAAGAUUUACCCUUAAAAAAACGAAUAAAAUUAUGUCUAUAUUGAUACAUUCUAUUCUCUAUUUAACACUAUUCUGUUGUAUAUUGAUAAAUGGACAACGUGAUAUUAUUGAAGAUGAUAUUUCAAUGGCUGGUGGCGACAGAAACUCUGAACCUACAAUUGUACUGAAUCCAGGAGAUCCUGGACCAUUAGAUGUGAAUUUUGGAGAACUGCUUUAUUCUCGUUGUUCAGUACUUGAUAGUAAUCAAUAUUCAUACAGAUGGAUUCAACGUGCACCUGAUGGAACUAUAAAAGAAAUAUCUUCUGAUGCUAGACUUUAUAUAACAAAUUUUGGACCGGAACAUUUACAGUAUCCAAUACGAUGUGAAGUUACGCGAUUAUCAGAUGAUGAAACUUUUGAAAAGGUUUUAAAUCUUCGACUGGCAUCAUCAGGUGAUCUAAGUACUGAUGAUGAAUAUAAAACAUUAAAUUUAACUAUCAAACCAUUACCAAAUGAAGAUUUUCGUCAAGGAACUAUAAUGAGACAAUGUUUAUUUGAAAAUGAUCCUGAAAUAAAUGAAUUAUUUGAUUUUCGUUGGAUUGAUCAAAAUGGUCGUAUUGUAACCAAUGGUGAUACAUUAUAUUUAUUGAUUGAAGAUCCGAGUGAAUUGAGCAAUUAUACAUGUGAAGCAACCAAUCGUCAAACAGGUGUAAUUUACCAAGCCAAAUACCGUGUAUCUAUGCUGAAUGGUCAACAAGCUAUGCAGCAUAUUGUUAAUAUUAGACCUAUUACUGGUGACGUAAUUAUUGGCAGACCGUAUGAAAUGGUUUGUGAAGUUGAACCGCCACCUGAGGAGCCAAUCAGUUUCGUAUGGUAUCAUAAUGCCAAAGUUGUGCAUCGUGAAGCAUCAUUACGUUUGACAUCGUUGUCAUAUCGGGAUAUAGGUAUGUAUAUAUGUCGAGCUGAAUGGACACCAAGAUAUUCACGUACCGCUAUAUCAGCUAAUGCAACAGCUGAAUUAAGUUUGGCAUUGACACGAGAAACGAAAAUUGAAAUGAGUCCUCCACCUGGUUCAGUUAUGGUUUCUUUGCCUGGAGAAACACGUGAACUUCACUGUGAAUUUCCUGUAUCUAAUCCAAGAGAUGUUAGAUGGUAUUUUGAAAAUCAACUAUUAGAGAAUCAUCCAACUAUAAAUGCUACAGGCAAAGUUUAUCGUAUCGAUCGUUUAAGAGUAAGUAUUGUGACAAUUCGUGGCAUAGAACAAGAUCAUGGGGGAACAUACGAGUGCAGAAUCGGUCGUGAUAUAAAACAAACACAUUUAGUUGUUAGAGCUGAAGAAGGGUUAGAAAUCAAUCCAAAAUCGGAUACAGUUGAUGAAGGUGAAGCAGUAGAAUUUCAUUGUCGUGUACAUGGAAUGAAUGGUAAUAUAAAUCGUCAAUUAGAAUGGUAUUAUAGACCAUUUUAUAGUUCAACACGUGUACGUCUUGAUGUUGAUACACCUGAUGGUUUUAUGCGUCAUGAUGAUCUAGUUGCUCAGCAUACCAGUUUUAUUAGUAAAGCUAGAGCACGUGUUGCUGAUCAAGGUGAAUAUAUUUGUAGAUUACCAUCUCAAAAUGAAGAAAUUGUCGGAAAACUUUUUGUUAGAGCAGUACGAAGUUAUGUAUUGACAAUCACACCUCAGAGAUUGACCGUUCGACCAUAUCAACCAGUAGAGUUUGAGUGUUUCGCUGCAUCCGAAGAUGGACAACCGGCUUCAUUUACUCCACGAUUUCAAGUUAGAGAUUCAAGGAUCAGUUUCGAAACUACACGUGUCAGUCAAAACCGUGUAAGAUUUGUGUUGCAACGAGGAUUGGGUCCAGAUCAAAAUGGAACGGUUGUUGAAUGCCUUUCAGAUGAACCAAGUAGACCGGCAUCAGCAAUAAUUACAGUUGAAGAUAUUUGUCCAGAUGGUUCACGUCGCUGUCGUUCUGGUCAGUGCUUACCAGCUGGAAGAUUUUGUGAUGGAGCAAGGGACUGUGAUGAUGGUUCAGAUGAAGAUCCUAAAAUGUGCAAUAUUUGUGACCCACUUUCAAGAAAAUGUGAAUAUUAUCAAGGAAGAGAACCGAUAAAAUCAACAUUCAUGGUACAUUGGACUUGUGAUGGUGAAAGUGAUUGUGGAAAUGGUUUUGAUGAAUCAAAUUGUGAAGCACGAGCUUCAGAACGUUGUCAAGAUCGAAUGUUUAAUUGUAAACGAGAUGGUCGUCAAAUUCCAAUGGCUUUUGUAUGUGACAAGGAUCGAGAUUGCAGUGAUGGUGAAGAUGAAUUAACUUGUGCUCCACCAAUGAUUGCAGAACCACGCACUACACGUUAUUCUGUUCGUAGAGGUGAUACUGUAGUACUUGUUUGUGAAGUCACUGGCAAUCCUGUACCCUAUGUGAUAUGGCGCUUCAACUGGGGAUGUCUUCCUGAUGAGCCUAGUCGUUUCAGAAUAAGCAAUGUACCCAGAAACUGCGAUUCACCAAUGCCAACUGUUGUGAGUACCCUGACAAUUUCAAAUGUAAGACCAGGAGACGAUGGAAUUUAUAACUGUGAAGGUCUUUCAGGAGCUACUCGAGCGUUAUCCAAUGACUUAGUUGUCAUGAUCGGAGGUUAAUUAUUACUGCUAUCUCUCUGACUUCCCUUCUGUGAAUAUUGUUCAGGAUGUCUGAAGGGAUCCAUCCUUUAUGCUGGUGCUUGUUUGGCUCCAGAACCUCAUGGCAUGUUGAAAUUGUUGCCCUUCUCAUCCCUAUCCAGUUCGCUUCUCACUUCUUCAAAAAGAUCUCGCAAGACUUGGGAGUUGUUGAGAGCUAUUUGGAAUUCUCUGAGCUUCUUAAGAUGUCGACAGAGGAGUGUAUUAAACUUUUGUGUUGUUUCUUCUCCAAUUUUUCAAUGCGUUUUUAUCUUUGGUUUUAGCUUGGUCACCAGUAGAUGGCGAUCAAAAGCUAUAUCAUUUCUUUUUUGUUCACGCUUCUUACGUGAACCUUUCUAGUUCGUAUAGCCUCAUGAUUUAUUCCUACUCAAUGCUCUCCAUAGUGUGUUCAGGUGUGUAGUGUUCAGAUCUACCAUCAGGUUGGUCAGCUCUUUUCCUGAACAGUUCUCUACGUUGGACUUCAGCUUCACAAAACUAAUUUUUAAUCCCUUCAUUGUCAUUACUGUUAAGUGUUCAGCAAUGGAUCACAUUCACUCCCAACUCAUCCUCGUCUGCUUUGAAGGAUAUUUUGACAGUCCCGAAGCAGUGAGAUUUCCAUCAGGAAGCGCUUUCGGGUUUCUUUUGACAGCAUCAGUGCAACUCCUUACGUGUGUGAUACAAUUUCUUAUUCAUUACUAAAAUAAAGCGGCUUCUCUUCCCAAGUUAGUCUUUCUGUUCAGCUCGUGUACAACUGUUUACACUUAUCUUAAACAGAGCUACUUAGUAUCUUCUGGUUUCCACCACUAUUUGAAAAGUUUUCCCGAUCUCCCACAUUGUGUGGAGACUCCAUGCACCUACACUGAUUAUCACAGUAGACAUCGGCACUGUGAUUUCGGAAAUACCUUGACUUUCAGCAUGAGGCGUCGUAACCCUUCUGGAUGAAGAACUUGGAAAUCACAGAACAGAGUGUAAAUGAUUUUUUUCUGGUCAGUACGUUUUUAGUGAAUUUCUUUUUUACGGGGUGAGGUUGACAACCUCAUACUCAACUCACCGUUACCCGAAUUCGGGAUCAGCGGCAAUCCUAAAAGGGUUCCCAGUAGAGUAUACAGAAAACCGACAAACAGAUAUUAAACUAUAAAUUAUCUGAAAAAUUCAAAUCACUGCAUCAAAGUCCACUACCUUUUAAUUAAUUUUCACCUGGAACUUCGAUCGGUAUUUAAUCUAUCACCCUUAUGUCUCGGUGUGAGCAUCUAACUUUGUCUACAGAAAACAAGUCUUAUUAAUCCCGAAAACGGACGUGCAAACAAUGAAUUAUCCUAUUCACAGAAAGUAAAUGUCUUGCAAAAUGCUCAUGAAAUUGCUGCAGUACCCGCCCACGAAGAAACGGGAAACAAAUCGAGCAGUAUAUUGGAUACAGUGGCGCCAAAUGAAAUUAAUCAUGAUACGAAAGAUGUUUCUAAUGAAUCUAAUGAUCAAAAUUCUGUAAUUGUUCUACCAGAUUCAGAUUAUUUUGAUGAUUCAUAUGUUUCUGUUGAAUUCUCUUAUAAAAAUGAGAGAAAAAUGUCAGAUGUAUUUAAUGAUAAUCAAGAAUCCAAUACAACUCUCAUAGAUACUGAUUAUCCUAAUGAUUCAUUAUCUACUAAUGAGGUUCCGAGGAAAUUCAAGGAAACUAUUUCAGAAGAAUCAAAUGUUGGUGACCUCGAAUCAAAUGUCGUCGAUCCUCAUGAUCUCUUCAGUUCCAAUGCAUUCCCUGUUAAAUGUGACAAACAUAUCGCAUUAAUAGUAACUUCGCUAUAUGAGGAUCCAACAGUCUUUCGUGGGGGAGGGUGAAUUCGAGAAAAUUAAAAAUCCGGAUAUGAACUCCGGAUUUCUCAAAAAGGGGAGGUGUUGUAUCCCCUGGCGAAUUAUGAAUCAUAAAUCUGAGGUCCAUUUAUGGACAAAUGUAAUACGCCUAUUCCUAUUGGAUAGUUGUUAAAUAAGUGACCUAAUCGUUUCCGUGUUCCUCUUAUCAUAACCUUUAUUUUGACCUUGGAACUACUAUUAUUGAUUACUUUCCCCCUAGCUACAGCCACAUUGGCCAAUUACUGUACAAAUGUUAUUUCUCUAUUUUUGAUAUAUGUGGUCUGUUUGGUUAGUAUAUAUAACCCAGUAUGCUUGUAAAUAAUGAUUCAUAUUGCUGAGGCUG